UACUAAUUGUCCUUGAGAUUUUAUCAACUUUAUGAAACAUGAAUGUUCAUCGUACCGCCCUAUUUGUCAUAAGAUAUUCCUCAAGACAACUGGAAAAAUGCCAAUCUCAUAAAAGGAGUUUCCGUACAGUGAGCACAGAUAUCAGUUACACAGAAGAGAAGAAGCUUGGCGGCAGUUUAAGCAAAGAUGAGAUAUACAGGCUCCGAAAGAAGCACGUCGCAAAUGCCUGUAUCCUGUUUUACGACCCCAACCCACUGCAAAUCGUGCGAGCAAAGGGACAGUACAUGUACGACGAAGAAGACAACGAGUACUUGGACUGCAUCAACAAUGUCUGUCAUGUGGGACACUGCCACCCGGAAGUGGUCACAGCAGCAUGCAAACAGAUGGGUAUCUUGAACACCAACAGUCGCUACCUCUCCCACCUUAACUCCACCUACUCCCAGCAGCUUACCUCCCUCUUCCCCGCUCCUCUUGAUACCGUCUUCUUCGUUAACUCCGGAUCUGAAGCUACUGAGCUGUCUCUUGAGCUUUGCAGAGUGUGGAACGAUGCUACUGACUUUAUCUGUGUUGACAGUGGUUACCACGGACACACGAGGUCCGCUAUAACAAUUAGCAACUACAAGUUUGGACACCCCAGAGGCAUUGGACAACCUGAUUUCGUUCAGAUGAUGGAUCUACCAGACACGUACAGAGGACAACACCGUGACGUGCACACAGCAGGGGAGAAGUACGGAGCACAAGCUGAACUCUUAGUUCAAAAUAUCAAUAACAGAGGCGCCAAGGUUGCUGGAUUCAUCGGGGAAUCCGCCAUAAGUUGCGGUGGGCAAAUAAUGUUACCCCCCAACUAUCUUAAAACAGUUUACAAAGCAGUCCACAAAGCAGGGGGACUGUGUAUUGCUGACGAGGUACAGGUCGGGUUUGGACGAUGCGGUACUGGCAUGUGGGUCUUUGAAAAGCAAGGUGUGGUGCCGGAUAUUGUUACCAUUGGUAAACCCAUGGGCAACGGUCACCCAAUAGCAGGCGUGGUUACAACCAGGGAGAUCGCAGAGAGGUACCGCCAGAAUAGACCAGAAUACUUUAACACGUACGGAGGAAACCCUGUGUCGAUGGCAGUGGGGUUGGCAGUACUGGAUGUUAUAAAGAAAGAGGGACUCGUCAAACACGCCAAAGUUACUGGAGACUUGUUCCUACUGGAACUGGAACGACUCAAAGAACGACACAGCUGUAUCGGGGAUGUCAGAGGUAUAGGGCUGUUUUUGGGUAUCGAGUUCGUGAAGUGCCGUGAGUCAAGGGAACCAGACGAGAAUACUGCUGUGUUCGUCAAAAAGGAGAUGUACCGAAACCGAAUAAUCGUGAGCACUGAAGGGCGACACAAUAAUAUCGUCAAGAUCAAACCUCCCAUGUCAUUUGAUCAAAAUAACGUGGCUCAUUUCAUCAACCAUUUCGAUAGGGCCAUUUCUCAAGUCAAAGUCCAAUGAUAAAAUUGAUUACUUUUCAAUGACAGUGGAUCACAGCAAGUGGGAUGAACUAUAAUUAAAAGGCGCUCAUUUUUCCUCAGCAAAAUCUAAUUAUAAUCUGCACCAUUUUAAAACGUUAAAAGAUUGAUAAAAUAUCUAAUAUUGUUUAAUUUCAUUUAAUUCAAUUAGGAGAUUAAUUUAAAUUAAGGCUGGAAUGAUUUUUAUAUUGAAAUGUUUAUUUUUCGUGCCAUACAGCUAUUCAUGGUAGCGGCGAAUGAAGUGUAACAGAAACGUGGCCAUGAUUUAAGUUUAGUUUUACAUUUCUUUUAAACACUAAAAGUAAAUUUAAUGUGUACGCUUAUUUUUACUCCACACAUUUUGUCGUACAUUUUUACAGCAGUUGCAUAAUAACUGUUAGUGUUACAUGUUUACUGCAGUACACUCACUUUAAAAGAACCUAAAAGAUAAAAAGCUUCAUUAACAAUGAUACUAACAAACUAGGUUUCUUUUGUUAAAUUUAUUUUAAAUUUGAAAAAUAAUGAUGGCGGUUGAGAUCUAUAAAUAUAAUGGUGAUGAUUAUAAAGGCCAGGGGAAAAGGCUGAAAGGCCUUACGGUAGUUCCAUUAGGAACGAAAGCAGAAGGAACUUUCAACAUACUAUAAUACGAUUUACUAGAUGUAUUUUUGACCAUAAGAUUAAAAUCGAUUAAAAGUGGUCCGGUAAUGAUAUUGAUAAGAUUAGCAUAUAAAAGUUGAAGAUUUAAUACCACACGAUGAAAUGGAUUUUAUGUACAUGGUAUAAUUUAAUUUUAAGUUGUGUGAAUCAUUACUCACACAUUUAUAAAGUGUGGAGUAAAGUGAGUUCACUGAACCUUCUUGAAGAUGACAGUAAUGUUUUUGAUGAUACUAUUAGUAUUACUAGUUCAUUAUUUUUAUUUACCGCAGUUAUUUG